AUGCGUGAUACAGUUGAGCACAAGGCUGCCGUAGAGUCUGAGAUUGAUGUCGCCCACCAAGAGCACCAUGAUCUUCCGGCAGGAUAUGAGGAUCCACACAAGGCUGCGCUCGAAGACAACCCCGAGCACGUUGAAAAGCUUAGUCUCUCCGUGAUCCUCUCUGCUCUUUUCCUUGGAACGUCCUUCACCGGUCCGAUCAUUUUCGGCUUCAUCCUUGCAACACCUAUACUCGUUCAACUGAGCCAGAAGCUGGGUGGUGAAAGCAUCGACUUUUGGAUACCGUCAGGUUGGGGCGCGGCUGCUGCUGUCGGUUUCUCGAUUGCAGGAAGACUGUCGGAUAUCUUCGGUCGUCGAUAUGUUAUUCUUACUGGUCAGCUCCUCACCGUCAUUGGCGGCGCUAUCGCAUGCAGUGCGCAGACUAUGAACCAACUCAUUGCGGGCGAGGUCAUUCUUGGAGGCUCCAUCGGGACAGUGUCGGUCGCCUAUGCUGGCAUCUCCGAAAUCCUACCAAACAAGUGGCGUGGCGCUGGUCUCGCCUGGACAGAACUCAAUCUUGCCAGCUGGGCCGUCGCCGGAACUCUCCUCUCCAAUGCACUCCUUUCCCACGCCAGCUGGCGAGUUAUGUUUUAUAUUGCCAUGGGAUACGGCGGGUUCUCACUCAUUGGCACCUUCUUCGUUUAUUUUCCGCCCAGCCACCCUCGUCCCGAUGGUUUGACCAGAUGGCAAGAAUUCAAGCAACUGGACUUUAUUGGCGCCGCCCUUUUCGUUGUCGGGUUGGCUGUUUUCUUAUACGGCCUGAAUUCCGGUGGCAACACUUACCCCUGGACAAGCGCGGGUACGCUGGCUCCUCUUAUUCUUGGUCUAUUCGUCUUCCUGGGAGCUUUCCUGUACGACUUCACGGUUGCCAACGAUCCCCUGUUUCCGUGGUACUUGUUCAAGAGUUUCCGCGAGUUUUCUGCACUGCUCAUGCUGGUCUUCGUAGCGGGCAUGGUGUUCUUUGCGGCCUCGGCACUCAACGCUGAAACCAUCCUUUAUCUGUACACGGCGGACCCCAUCAAGAUUGGUGUAUAUUCCAUUCCUUCUGGUGCCGGGCAACUUGUCGGUGGUGUAAUCAUACCCGGACUCGUGCAUUACAUCAAAUUUGUUCACUACCAACUCACCUUUUCCGUCUUCAUGCAGACCCUAUUCUUCGGUCUCGCCGCACUUAUCACUCCGCACAAUAUCAAUUGGGUCAUGGCCGUGCAGUUCCUCGCCAUGCUUCCGUUUGGUUGGAUCACCUUGAACUGUUACACCACAGCCUCCCUCCACGUACCUCAGCGGGAUCUCGGAGUCGCCAUUGGCUUGAUUGGCACGUUCCGUUCUCUUGGGGGAGCAGUGGGAUCCGUCAUUUUCUCGUCCAUUUUUGGGCAGGUCUCGGCUAAGCAGACCGUCGAGCGCAUUACUGAGACUGCUCUCAAGGCAAACGUGUCGGCCCCAACCCUUCCGGCACUGAUCGAGGCGGUCGAUUUGACACUUGUUGGUGUCCCCGGACAGGCUGCGACUGUGCCUGACGUUUCCUCGUCGGUCUUCUCAAAAUGUAUCGAGGCAGCUCGGCUUGGGUAUGCUUACGGCUUCCGUAUUACGUGGCUGGCGUCGAUCCCCUUCGGUGUCAUCGCCAUGGUUUGUGCGGUGGCUGUCCGUGACCCGUCCAAGUACUUCACCAACCAUGUUGAAAUUCAUCUUGAGAAGGAGAUUGGUGGUACUCGGCAUGUAAAUGAGACAAAGGGGGAGACGACAGAGGAUUCAUCUCGAUAA